CUCUAAUUGGCUGAGUCCUGGAAGUCCCGUUUCCUUUGGAUAUAAUAUCCAUACCCGCUUCCAUUUUUCUUCACUCCUAACUACCUUAACUACGAUCUGGAGACCUUACCUGAGCUAAAAUGGCGAAAUCAAAGUUUCAAUCUAUCGCAGUAUUCGUAAUCCUCUUUGGAACCCUCGCAGCUCUCUCUCAGGCCAAAAAGUCUCAGAAGUCACACGAAAGUUUAAAAGAAGUUACUCAUAAAGUAUACUUUGAUGUUGAGAUUGAAGGAAAACCUGCUGGCCGUGUUAUCAUUGGCCUCUUUGGAAAAACUGUUCCUAAAACAGCAGAAAACUUUAGAGCAUUAUGUACAGGUGAGAAAGGCAUAGGAAAGAGCGGCAAGCCUCUGCAUUUCAGAGGUAGUAAAUUCCAUAGAAUUAUCCCUAGCUUCAUGAUUCAAGGUGGCGACUUUACCCAUGGUAAUGGCAUGGGUGGAGAGUCGAUUCAUGGGGAGAAGUUUGCCGAUGAAAAUUUCAAGCUCAAGCACACUGGCCCAGGAAUCCUUUCAAUGGCAAAUGCUGGUCCUGACACCAACGGUUCACAAUUCUUUAUCACAACUGUCACAACCAGCUGGCUGGAUGGAAAGCAUGUUGUUUUUGGGAAGGUGUUAUCUGGGAUGGACGUGGUAUAUAAAAUUGAAGCAGAAGGGAACCAGAGUGGUACGCCCAAGAGCAACGUUGUAAUUGUAGACAGCGGUGAACUCCCACUAUGAGUUAUUAUCAAGUUCGUUUAGCAGCAAAGCGUGUGGUAUUUUUGUAGUGCCACUUUAAAUUACUCCUUACCAUUCCAAAUAUGUGCUACUUGCGGCAUGGAAUUGAUGAGCUACCAUUUUGAUUUAGUUAAGCUUGAUAAAGUUUUCUGCGGUUUCACUUUUGAUAGAAAUGGUACUUUCACUUCCCCAAAUGCGAUCAGAAUACUAGUUUUGCUAGUUGAAUGUUCAUUGUAAUUUUCCAAGUAUAUUUUGUAAGUUUGCAAGCAUAAAUAAUCGUAACAUAUUUCGGUAGGUUUUUAAGGAAAAAGCUAAUCUAUAAUCAAUAAAAAGUAUUGUUUGCCAG